AAACGUGUUGCUCGCUCGCUGGUACUAGUGGUACUGGUGAAUGGCUAUAGCUCUAGCUAGCUCUAGCCAAGAGCUAGGUUGUGUGUGAUGAUACACAAAUCAUGCUUCGAGAACAGCAUUUGUUGAACUUGUUGAAGAAGGGAAUUGCUCGCACUUUGUGUUAAAGAAGAUGUAUGAAAAUGCAUGUAGGACAAUACAUGAAUUGCCAAGGAGGUGAAGCCUAUUACAUUUAACCCAAAAGUCAAGAGCACUAACGAUGGAGGAGUCGUCACUGUUAGGUGUCAUGUAAAUUGUGAAAGAUUUUAUGGAACGUGCAGAUAUUUUAACGAGGUAAUACGUUCGCAAGGAAAUUGGAAGACAAACAUUGCAACAGAAACGCUUGUCCAACAGCUGACCGCUCCUUGCUAGGUUUGUAUGCGUGAAGUGCCUAUGGCGGAGUUAAGAGAGAACAGCGGCUCGUCCCCAUCAAAUUCUGGGGAUACGACGACAGUGCCCAGUGAUGAGACAACUGGGAAGACGCAGUGCGAAGGAUCGGUGUUGAACGGGGACUGUGGGAUAACGACAGACAUGGUUGUCUCUGGAUUAAUCUUCCACCCUGACAGCCAGGAACAGGAAACGGCUAACAAUACUUCAUUGGCAUUGGAUGCCAAAUCUGGAAUACCUCUCAGGAGCAGCAUUAUAAAGGAUGGCUCAAGACAGCGCAAAGAGAGGAAGAAGACUGUGUCGUUCAGUAGCAUGCCAACAGAAAAGAAGAUCAGUAGUGCAAGUGACUGCAUCAACGCCAUGGUGGACGGAUCUGAACUGAAGAAGGUCCGCUCAAACUCCCGUGUUUAUCACCGCUACUUCCUCUUGGACGCAGACAUGCAGUCUCUCAGGUGGGAGCCUUCCAAAAAGGAGUCCGACAAAGCCAAAAUUGAUGUUAAGUCCAUUAAGGAGGUGCGGACAGGGAAGAACACAGACACUUUUAGAACCAAUGGAAUUAAUGAUCAAAUAUCGGAAGACUGUGCAUUCUCAAUCAUCUAUGGGGAGAACUAUGAAUCUUUGGACUUGGUGGCAAAUUCAGCUGAUAUAGCUAAUAUAUGGGUGACUGGGCUUAGAUACUUGAAAUCCUAUGGAAAACUUACUCUGAAUAUGAUUGAAAGCAGCCAGAAUAACAUGCGAUCAUCAUGGAUAGGUGAACUCUUUGAUGAGGCUGUGAUCAACAAUAGCAAGCACAUCAGUUUGUGUGAUGCUGUACAACUAAUCAAAAACCUUAACCCUGGACUUAAACAUGUUAAGAUAGAACUCAAAUUCAAGGAGCUCCACAAAGCGAAAGAUAAGAUGGGUUGUGACGUGAGUAAAGAAGAAUUCAUUGAAGUCUUUCAUGACCUUUGUACAAGACCAGAAAUUUACUUCCUUCUUGUCCAGUUCUCUAGCAAUAAGGAAUUUUUGGACACCAAGGACUUAAUGAUGUUUCUGGAGGCUGAACAGGGUAUGGCACAAGUUAGUGAAAACACAAGUCUCGAAGUCAUUCAAAACUAUGAACCUUCUAAAGAAGGUCAGAUGAAGGGCUGGCUUUCACUUGAUGGGUUAACGAAUUACCUGAUGUCUCAGGAGUGCCAUAUCUUUGACCCAGAACAAAAAACUGUCUGCCAGGACAUGAACCAGCCUCUAUCCCACUAUUACAUCAAUGCCUCCCACAACACCUACCUAAUUGAGGAUCAGUUUCGAGGCCCUUCUGACAUCACCGGAUACAUCAGAGCACUCAAGAUGGGCUGUCGUUGUGUCGAACUAGAUGUAUGGGAUGGACCAGACAAUGAACCUGUCAUUUACACUGGCCAUACAAUGACCUCGCAAAUAGUCUUCCGCAGUGUCAUUGACAUCAUUAACAAAUAUGCCUUUGUGGCAUCUGACUUCCCCCUAAUAUUAUGUCUGGAAAACCAUUGUUCAUUAAAGCAGCAAAAGGUCAUGUUUCAGCAUCUGAAAAAGAUACUUGGGGAUAGGAUCCACUUGAAUCCCCCCAAAUCAGAGGAUAGCUACCUUCCCUCACCCAGUGACUUGAAGGGUCAAAUCUUGUUAAAGGGGAAGAAGCUCGGCGCAAACUGCACAAGCUCAGAAGGUGAGGUAACAGAUGAGGAUGAAGGUGCUGAGAUGUCCCAAAGAAUGAACAUUGAGCCUGGAGAACUACAGAGUGUGGCACCUAAGAAGUUCCAACUCUCAAAGGACCUCUCCGAUCUUGUAACCUUGUGUAAAUCAACUGAGUUCAAAGACUUUCCAACGUCCUUUCACAGCCAGAAGCACUGGGAGCUUUGCUCUUUUAAUGAAGUCUUUGCCAGUCGAUGUGCCAGUGACUUCCCUGGAGACUUUGUGAACUACAACAAGAAGUUUUUGGCACGAGUGUACCCCAGCCCAAUGCGAAUUGACUCCAGUAAUAUGAACCCUCAGGCCUUCUGGAAGUGUGGUUGCCAAGUUGUGGCAAUGAACUACCAGACACCAGGUCUGAUGAUGGACUUAAAUAUUGGCUGGUUCCGUCAGAAUGGGAAUUGUGGUUAUGUUCUGAGGCCAGCCAUCAUGAGGGAACAGGUGUCUUACUUUAGUGCCAACACUAAAGAUUCAGUGCCUGGUGUCUCUCCACAGUUAUUGCACAUUAAGAUUAUUAGUGGACAAAACUUUCCCAAACCCAAAGGCUCAGGCGCUAAAGGGGACGUUGUCGAUCCUUACAUUUAUGUGGAGAUCCACGGUAUACCGGCCGAUUGUGCUGAGCAAAGAACUAAAACAGUCAAUCAGAAUGGGGAAAACCCACUCUUUGAUGAAAGUUUUGAGUUCCAGAUUAACCUCCCUGAGCUGGCCAUGGUGCGCUUUGUGGUUCUGGAUGAUGACUACAUUGGCGAUGAGUUCAUUGGCCAAUACACAAUUCCCUUUGAGUGUCUGCAGCCAGGAUUCCGGCACAUUCCACUGCAAUCCCUCACAGGUGAGGUUUUGCCUCAUACCUGGCUUUUUGUCCAUGUGGCCAUCACGAACAGAAGGGGUGGGGGUAAGCCCCACAAGAGAGGGCUGUCUGUGCGCAAGGGCAAGCAGAGUCGGGAGUACGCCACCAUGAGGGUGUUGACGAUCAAGCCUGUUGAUGAUGUAUUCAAGACAGCUACUCUGCCACUCAAAGAGGCAACUGACCUCAGAGAAAACAUGCAGAAUGCCAUAGUGCCCUUCAAAGAGCUGUGUGGCCUUUCAGCUGUGGCUAACUUGAAGCAGUGCAUCUUGGCCCUAACUUCUCGACUGACUGGGGCAGACAACAACCCAUUACUAGUAUUCAACCUGAAGGAGGAGUACCCCAUCUUGGAACCCCAAGGACUGCUACCCGAUGUCCUCAAGAAGGUGGUCAACGUCUAUGACACUGUGAUCCAGACCAGUAAGACACUGCUGGAACAUUCAGAUGGGGUCUAUGAGAGAAUACUGCAAACCCAAAAAGCAGCGAUGGAGUUUCAUGAGAACCUUCACGAUAUGGCCGUAAAGGAGGGCUUGAAAGGCCGGAAGCUGCACAAGGCUGUGGAGAGCUUCACCUGGAACAUCACAAUUCUCAAGGGCCAAGCAGACUUGCUAAAGCAUGCCAGAGGGGAGGUCCAGGAAAACCUCAAGCAGAUCCACUAUGCCGCACUCACCAGUGAACUGUGCAAGGAGAACUCAGGAGGCUCUGAAUCCACCCGGGGCCGCCGGAGCCUGGAGGCCAUCCCUGAGAAGGACACUGGAGUGCAGGAACUCUCUGAUGAAGACGUCUAAUGACUCCCUUUCACUCCUGAUGCACACUGCUUCAGUGGCAUACACAUGUUCCCCAUGUCUGUCCAGGCCAAAUAGGAUUCUACCGAGCCUUAACCCAGUUUUACACGGAUCAUACACCCAUUAUAUCCUUUCCUAAUCUAGUAGCACAAACAUCUUUUUGAUGUAGUUCUCUAUCUCUCUAACUUAAGCACAAGUAAAAGUGUUUUCCAAAUCCAAGUUAAGUGCCAAAAUCAAACCAAGUGUUCUGAAGCUGCGCAAAGUCUCAUAAAACCCCUUGUAUUGGUUGUUUGUCCAAUCUGUGCAACAAUUUACACACUCUUUACCAAUCCUAAUGGUAACCAGUCUGCCCAUUUAGUACUUUGUAGGUAAACUGGGGUGCAUGUGUACUUGCAGCCAGGGGACAGUCCAGUUGUGACAAACUUUGGAGAGACAGCGGACGUAUAUACUAUGGACCUACAGUGCCCUCCAAAAGUAUUGGAACAGUGAGGCCAAUUCCUUUAUUUUUGCUGUAGACUGAAAACA